GAGUAACUUGUGUUCGGUUUUCUAGCGCAUUGUGUAUCGGGCAUUAGAUCAGCUUGCACAGCAAUUAUCAAUUCACUGUGCUUCUUAUUAUUUGUGGCGACAGAAGUUAAUUUUCUUAAUUAUCUUCGGAAAUUCAGGUGAAUUAGUUAAUUCAAGUAAUGGGGUCAUCAAAACUACAUUGAGAACACCUUAUUCAUUAUAAUUCGUUGCAAUUCCUUAUUUGGAAAGUCCCAAGUAGUGAUCGGAUUUUCCCGUGUGCUGUAAUUUUUGUUAUAUUUCAUUAGGCUGCUUCAUUUCGGCCGUAGCAGAAUGAAAUCCGUACUUUCCAUUCUUCUGCUGUCGUUGGUUCUGACGAACGGAUCUGUAAAUAAAUGUGGAGAUUCCAGUUUGAGAGAAUGCUUUUGUGGAAGUCAGUUCUACGAAAAUCGAUCAAUGUUUGUAGUGAAUUGUACGGGCUUGGGAUUUACCACUGCUGAUAUGUUGAAGUAUAUACCUGAUGAAACUGAGAUGGUUAUUUUUACUGGAAAUCACGUCAGUACCAUCAACAGUAAUGUGUUCGGGGAAUACAAGAAUAUGACCAAACUUAGGAUUAUCGACAUGAGCAAUAACGGUAUCACAGACAUAAAAGGCAAAGCAUUCCACCACGUUACUGGCGUAACUCGUCUGAUACUGAAUCACAACAAUAUCUCGAUAUCUGAAGAGUACGACAAAAACUACCAUCAUCCGCGAGUGUUUUCCAAUUUUGUCAACCUACAGGAGUUGCACUUGACGAAUGCUUUCGCAGAUAAUACUGAUGCUGAUCUAGCGGACGAUUUGCAUGAUAUUUUUGUGUCCAGUGGCCUAUCCAAGUUAUUUAAGCUACACUUGGAGCAGAAUGAAAUCGUCAACUUUAGGGAUGAUAGGGUGUUUUGCGACUUGCCAGACAUACACGAUUUGUAUUUAGGUGACAACAAUAUUCCCAGCUUAAAUUUCAACAUAACCUGUCUGCCUAAGCUGCGCUUCCUGGACCUGGAAGGCAACAAUAUUACCAAAUUCUCACAGCAAGACUUGGACAGUUUCGACAAGUUAGCUCAACCUUACCGAUCAAAUAGUCUGAUAUUAGAAAUUGGCAACAACCCAUUUCGGUGUGACAGUGCCAUCAAAAAUUUAUACGCUUGGUUGCACAAAACCAAUGUAAGCGUGCGACAUUUGGAUAGUCUCGAGUGCCACCAAGCUAAGUAUGGAAAAAAAUAUAUCAUGAAUUUGAAGAACUUGGCAGAGUCUAAGCAUGCCAAGAUUUCCAAAGCGUUAACGGUACUCUUGGUAGUUCUAGUUCUCAUUCUUUUAGCGCUUUUGAGCGCCUACGUGUACUUGAAGAAAGACAGCGUUAAGUCGAAAUGGAGACCAUUAUUGGAAUCGGUGACUAGGAAAGUCCAAUAUAAUAAAAUCGAAUCUCAAGAUGUGUGAUGGUCAAGAAUCGAGAUACUUAUGCUGCCAUGGUAAAAUACGUUUCAGUAACUUAUUUGUGGAAUCCAAUUAUAUACAUUGGUCGAAAAAAAAAGCUUUAGAAUCAGACAAAUCAGCUCGUUUCAACACACGAUGACUUAGUCAAUUCAAUUGAAUCAGGUCUCAGUUAGCUUAGUGAACUAGAUGUGUUACAAAAUACGAUAUCAUAUCUUCUCUUUUACUCAUGACAGAAAACCGACUAAGAUGAAGAACCAAUUGGUAUAUGUUUGAAAAAAUGUUGAUGUACUUUCGUAAUAAUAUCGCUUACAUUAUCGUUAGAUGUCAGAAGAAAAUUGUUCGAAUCAACUGAUAAUAUCUGAAUUGAGUCAGAAGCUUUCUAUUUUAAGUGAAUAGAAAAUAAUGUACAGCUUGUCAAAUCUAGGAAGCUACUUCCAAAGUCUCGGCUU